AUGAGAGAAGCUUGGAGUUUCAUAACGUUAUGCUGCAUGGUGAUGGUGUUUAUUCCUUUGAUUCAUAAAGAAAGAGUGAUCGAUACAUGCUUUUGGUUUGGAGUUGAAUAUUGCUCUCAUGGAAAUGUUGUGGACUUGUUUCUUAGCUCACUUUACUUAAAGAUUAGUGACCAUGAGCCUAUUUCUUGUCCUCAGUUACAUAGGAAUAAAUUUCCUUCUACAUCAGGCAUUAAUCGAUUGGAUAAUAUCUCUCUUUCUUUGCCAACUAUUGACAACUUGUCUUCUAGUCUUUUAAGUAAUGGUCAAACUAGUCUUAUUUCUCCUAUGUCUCAGUAUACACCUACACCUAGUUCUUCUCGUCAUAUAUCUCCUAUAGUUCAACCAUCUCAAUCAGGUUCUCAACCUAUCAAUCCUCAAGGCAGGCCUAAUCUUCAUACCAAUAUCCAACCUAUGUCUCUGAGUUCUCCUAAUUCUAGUAGCCCAACUGAGUCUUUAUCCCCAAUUAUUACAAUUUCCUCUCUUUCUCAAGUCCAUCAAUUCAAUGAACAUCAUAUAUUAAUCAGAGCCAAAACAAUUCACUCAAAGCCUGAGAACGAAGCUAGGCAAAUUGGCCAGCAAAGGGAUAUACCAUACACUAGGAAACUUACUCAAACAUCAAAUUCUGCUAGCUCAUACAAUCACAAAAACACUCUUUUACCAUCAUCAUCACCUUCAUCACCACUUUCUAGUUCUACACAUAUUUCACCAUCAUCUUCACUACUUUCCAUAUCAGACCCUCCCUUAGAUUCACCAUCACCAAUAACAUCACCACAACUUUCCCCUUCACCAUCAUCCUCACCUGAGGCAGCACCAACAACUUCAUACUUACUACUUACAUCAUCAAAUCCACCUACAGCUAUGUGCACACCACAAAUUUCUAAUUCGAUUUCAGCACCUUCUCCUUUUUCAUCUUCAAACCAAAAGAAUUCAAAAAGUAUAAACCAAAAGAAACAUUCUGUCAUUAUAUGGUCAACAGUUGGAGGAUUUUCCUUCCUUGUUUUGGUGUCAUGCACUGUUUUCAUUUGCUUCAGAAGUAGUAAGGUUGUAACUGUCAAACCUUGGACCACAGGGUUGAGUGGCCAGCUUCGUAAAGCGUUCAUAACAGGUAUUCCGAGUCUUAAACGAGCCGAACUCGUGGUAGCGUGUGAAGAUUUCAGCAACAUUAUCGGUUCACUGAAAGAUGAGACUAUCUAUAAAGGAACACUUUCGAGUGGAGUUGAGAUAGCGGUAGUAUCUUCUGCAGUGGCUUCUUCCAAAGAAUGGUCGAAAAAUUUGCAAGCUCAGUUCAGAAACACGAUUGAGACGUUAUCGAGAGUGAACCACAAGAAUUUUGUGAAUCUUAUUGGCUAUUGUGAAGAGAAUAAACCAUUCACAAGGAUGAUGGUUUUUGAGUAUGCUCCGAACGGAACAUUGUUUGAGCAUCUACAUAUUAGAGAAGCGGAACAACUCGACUGGCGAAUGAGAACGAGGAUAGCUAUGGGAAUAUCCUACUGUCUAGAUCACAUUCAUCAACUCACGCCACCAACUGCGCACAAAAACUUGUUAUCUUCCUCUAUAUAUCUCACAGAAGAUUAUGCUGCUAAGAUAUCAGACCUUAGUUUCUGCGUGGACGAAGUUGAUACAAAGAAGGGUUCUGAGAAAACAUCAGCAGAAGAAAUAAAGGACAAUGUUUAUCGUUUUGGCGUAAUAUUGUUUGAGCUGAUAACAGGAAAAAUUCCAUAUGCGGUAGCAAACGGGUUUGCAACAGAUUGGGUUGCAGAAUAUAUAAGAGGACAUCCUUUGAGAGAGUUGAUGGAUACAAACUUGAAAUCUUUGAAAGAUGAUGAAAUUGAGAAAUGGUCUGAAGUGAUUAACAAUUGUGUGGAUCCUGAUCCGGAGAAAAGGCCAUCGAUGAAACAGGUUACGUCUAUGUUGAAGGAAAUCACUUCUAUGGAGCCUGAUGGAGCAAUGCCGAAAUCGUCUCCUCUUUGGUGGGCAGAAAUUGAAAUCAUGACCUCGGACUUAUGUUGA